AUGAAUGCUAUGCUUGUUUACCUAUGAUUAGGUGUGAUGCUGCCCAUUUCUUUUGCUGAUGCUUUAAAUUUAAUUUUCUUCCACACAGGUACCUCUUCAACAGCAGCCUUCAAUUUUCUCCAGCAAAAUCAAGCACUGUCUUCUCAUUAUUAUUUAAGGCCCUUUAUAGAUUUUUUAGUAGCAAUCCCUUUACCUAUUAAAAAGCUGCGUGAAUGCCAAUUUUCUGAAAAGUGCCAAUUAAAAAUUGGUAGUUAUCCAUUGACAAUUUGAAUUUGCCAAUAUUAAAUUAUACUUAUAAAAAAAUUGACAUCUUGUAGCUUAUUUUUUAAGUUAAGGUAUUUCCCUCAAAAGAGCAAUAAUGAAGUUAAAUCUAUAUUUAUACUCAGCGACAAAUACUGACGAAUUAUUGGCUUUUUUUGAUUUCUUAGAAAACCCAAAAAUUUUGAUUGACUUAGUUGAUGAUAGAGUUAAUCAUUAUGAUCUAUCAAAGUUGUGCAAAAAAUAUGAAGCUAUUCAUUUAGUUUUUGAAAACGAUCUGAAUUAUUUAACAGACUGAACUUUUUCAGGGUCAACUUCUAAGAGCAAUUAUUUAGAAGCACUUACCAUUUUAUUUGGCUACUUUAAUUGGAGCCAAGGAAUAAUAUUCAAUUCGAACCAAAAUACCUUUAUUAAAGAUUAUUUGCUGGAUUUUUCGAAUAGUUUUAAAAAUGUUAUUAUUGAGCCAAACUCAAAUAUAAAUGACAUUGUUGGCAGAAUAGCUGUCCCAUUGGGCUCUACAAUGUAUUAUAUUUUUGGAGAUGAAGCUCAUAGCUCUUCUAUCCAACGAGCUCUUAUUGAAAAAAAACUGGUUAAUGCUGGAAACGGAAUUAUUUUAGGUAAAGAAAGCUAUUUUGAUCCUAUAAUUGAAGGGAGUCUUAUUAUUGCUGAAAAAAACCAAGAAAGCACGACUUCUAGAGAAAUUUAUAUUUCUACUGCAAUAUUAGAAAUUAUUAAUUUAAUUGAAAACCUUGAAGAUCCUUAUCAAAUAAAAAAUACAUUACAUUCCCAUUAUGAUCAAAAGACCUGACGAACUUCAAUGAUAGGAUAAAAAAUUCUGAAAAAAAUAUUGAUUUAUUAAUUACAAUAUUUAACAUCUGAAAAUUGCUUGAUUAUUGGUUGAGAUCAAUUUUUCUAGAGAAUAGCUCUAUAAAAGAUGCAGGGAGAGUUGGAAAAAUCAUGUUUUUACCACUUUUGUCAAAAUGAUUUUUUAUUACUCCCCUCCGUGAGCGAACAAAAUUUUUUUAAUGAAAAAAAAAUUUAAUAUAAAUGAUAACUAUUAUAACGAAAUCUCUAGAUAAUUCUGAUUAAGCUUGCAUUUUAAAAUAUAAAUUUUAAAUUAAAUAAAAUUUUUCUUCUCAAUUUUUACAAAAUGGAUUUUUUUAAUUUUGAAAAACAAAUUAUUAUAAAAUUUAUAAUAAAUUUUUAAAGAAAAAAUUAAAUCCGAACAAAAUUUUUUUGUUCGCUUACGGAGGGGGAAUUUAGUGAAUUUUAUAAAUAACUCAAAUACUAUAGUUGGAAAUUUUAAUAAUACCAGCAUUUCCCUUAUCAGCAAAAUCAUUUUUCCUGGAAAUGCAACAACUCCUCCUAUAUCUACAAAGAAAACUCUGCCUAUCAGUAUUAAUGCAGGAUCCACCAAUUAUGGUCAAGCACCAUCUCUUUAUGUUCCAAUAUAUGCAAGAGGAAGUUCAAUCGCUAUCAAAUUGAUAAAUGAAGGCCUAGGAAUUCUUGAAAAUUUCCAAAUGAGUUUAUUCACUUAUGACUGUGGAGCCGCGAUUUAUGAUCCGACUUAUGGCUAUAAUUGUUUUUUAAAAGAUAUUGACAAAUUUGGCUUGGCUGCAGUGUCUUCAUAUCCAUCGGGAGUUGUAUUAGGGACUCUUCAAACAUUUAAACUUUUAAAUACUACGGUCCCAAUCGUUAGUGCUAUUGCAUCAUCUGUAGCAUUAAGUUCAAUUUCAACAUAUCCAUGAUUUUCAAGGGUACAAGUUUCUAAUUCAGACUUUUCAUCUCAAACACCACAUUUGCUUAAGGCCUUAGGCUGGCGGAGUCUAGCAGUCUUAUAUAAAAACGAAACUUGGGGAAUUUCUACAUACCUUUCAUUUAAACAAGGUAUAGAAGAAGAAGCAGGGAUUAAUAUCAUAAAAUCAGCAGCAAUCCCUCCUUUUUUAACAAGAGAGCAAAUAGGCAACUACUCAUAUAUCUUGCAAGAAAUUCUCGACACUAAUGCAAGACUUAUAAUUGUAUUUAUAUACAACGACUUAUUUGGCUUGGUAUUAGAAAAAUUUUAUGAUUUGGGAGCUAGGAAUGGUGACUUGAUAUUUUUUUCUGGCAUUGCUGCAGCGCUUACUGAUAUUGGAGCAAAAAAUGAUGCUUAUAGGUACAAAAGAAUUGAGAUUGGCUGUCCUAUGAUAUCAUUUCAAAUGCCGAUUUGGGUAGGAGGACUUGGAGAAAAGAUUUAUAAUGGCCUUUUAAAUGACUAUAAGACAGUUCCCAUUGGUCUUUCGUGUAAUUAUUUUGAUUCUACUUUUUUAAUAGCAAGUUCUAUAGAUUUUAUGAUAAAUAGAGGUCAAGAUUUUACAGAUGGGUAUAAGCUAAAUCACACUAUUAGAAAUAUUAAAAUUAUAGGGUGCACUGGAAAAGUAGCCAUUUCGAAAGGCAGCAAUGAUAGAGAAUUGGAUGCUUUGAGCAUAGACAGCAAUAUUCUAAUAAACAAUACUAUCUCACCUUGCCAUAUAGGGCUAGGUAGCCCUUAUAGCACACAAUAUUUAACUAUUGCUAACCCCUUUUUUUAUGACAAUAAAUAUACCACGAUAAAACCGCCUGAUUUAAGAAACCAAGACUUAAAAUGUCCUUUCCCAGAUUCAGAAAUUAAAACUUUUUAUAAAGGCAGAUAUCUUGUAUUCGGAAUUUGCAUUUUUAUGGCAUUAUCUACAAGUAUUAUAACUUUUUAUAUAUGAAAAAUUUUGAUGGAACGUAAAAAUAGAAGAGCUAAAAGAAAAGCAUGAAAUUUCAUUAGAAGAUUACAUAGUAGGUGCGACCAUUGCUAUUGAAUUUUUCCAAUAUAUCGCUAUGGGCCCUGACUUAAACCAGAUUAA